AUGUCUGUCCUAAUUGAGACCACGAUUGGAGAUAUUGUAAUCGAUUUGUUAACUGAUGAAAGACCACGAUCUUGCUUGAAUUUUCUCAAGUUAUGCAAAACCAAGUAUUACAACUUUUGUUUGUUUCACUAUAUUAAGCGAAAUUAUGUUGCACAAACGGGUGAUCCGACAGGUACUGGGAAUGGCGGUGAAUCUGUCUUUAGACAAAUUUAUGGUGAACAAGCAAGGUUUUUCGAAGCUGAAACUGUUCCUCGAAUAAAGCACAAUAAACUAGGCACUGUCUCAUUUAUUAACAAUGGAAACAACAUGCACGGAUCACAAUUUUUCAUUACACUGGACGAAGAUCUUGAUUACUUGGAUGGUCAACAUACUGUAUUUGGCCAAGUUGUAGAAGGUGAUGAUGUCCUGCAAAAAAUGAACGAAGCCAUUUGUGAUGAUCGGAUUAAUCAUACUAUUGUACUGGACGAUCCUUAUGAUGAUCCGGCAGGUCUAGAAAUUCCUGAUAGAUCCCCAGAGCCAACACAAGAACUACUACAGUCGGGUCGUAUUGGUGCUGACGAAAAGUUAGAUGAUACGGAAGGUAAAACUAUGGAAGAAAUCGAAGAAAUGAGCAAGGAUAGAAAAGCUAAAGCGGAAUCACAUAUAUUAGAAAUGGUAGGCGAUAUUCCAGAUGCAGAAAUAAAACCGCCUGAAAAUAUUUUAUUCAUAUGUAAAUUAAAUCCGGUGACAUCUUCUGAAGAUCUUGAAAUCAUAUUCUCACGAUUUGGCACUAUACUCAGUUGUGAAGUCAUUCGUGAUCAAAAGACUGGAGAUUCUCUUUGUUAUGCUUUUAUUGAAUACGAAAAUGUUGACAAUUGUGAGAAAGCGUAUUUCAAGAUGGAUAACGUAUUGAUCGAUGAUCGACGUAUUCAUGUUGAUUUUAGCCAGUCUGUUGCAAAAAUGAAGUGGGAUAUGUUCAAGAAAGCUAAAGAAACAAAAAAACAGACAAAUCAGACAAAGCUACAAUUAAAGGAUAAAUACGUCGAAAAGAAUGAGUAUGAUUUCGUGUUUGAUGAUGAAGAAGAUAGUGGAAACAGAAGACAAUAUCAAGAGAGUUCUUCUCGAAAACAUUCUCAUCAACAGAAACAUAAACACCGUGACUCUUCACCGAGACAACAUUCCUCAAGUAAAUAUGAUCAAAGGGCAGAUUCUUCACGUAAGGAGAGGCAUAAUGAUGAUAAAAGAUACCGGCAUUACGAACGACAUUCUGACCGUGAUGACGGUCGCAGAAGCAAGCGAGAUAAUUAUAGGGAUGAUACAAGAUAUAGAUCUGAUAAAGCUCGAGGAAAUUCUAGUAAGGAUUACUUAAAAGACAGAGACACUUAUCAUCGUAGAAGAUCUCCUCGCCGCUAG